CAUAGCUAUAGCAGUGGGAUAUGGCAACAGCUUCAAGUGAUAUGAAAAAGAGAGGCUACCUGUACAAGCUACCAGUAUCAGGAGGCGUUAUAAAGGUAUGGAGCAAGAGGUGGGCAGUCCUUCGCUCUACUUCUCAUGAUGGUGUGGUGAGACUGGAGUAUUAUGAUAAAGAAGAGAAUGAGGCCAAGGGAGAGAACAGGAGAGUCAUCAUACUGAGGAAUAGCACUGGUUGCUGUGAGACUACUGAUUACAAGAGGACAAAGCCUCACGCCUUCCAGUUCUCAAGUAGCAUAGGUCAUCAUGUCUUCUCUACUGACUCUAAGACAGAUCUUGAUGACUGGAUUGACUCCAUUAACGAUGCCAUACAACAAGACAAAAAACUACAAAGGAAGAAGAGCAAAUCCAAAACAAAAAUGGCAGAAGCAGCAAGAUCAAUCACUACUCUCCAUUCAACUGAGAGAAGCACAAGUGCCAGUAGCAUAGGCAGUACAGGAUCAAAUGUUCCUCAUCCAACAACACUCAUGGGUGUAUAUCAAGUAGUUAUUGAUGAUAAUGAUUUCUCAAGUCAAUUAGGAGCUCAUGGUAAUUGCCAGAUGAACGUUGGACCCAGAGGACUCAAACUAGUCUCUGAUGCUACAGGAUCUACAAUUGGUGCUUGGCAUUACAAGAGAAUACGCUCAUACUCAAAAUCAGCAAACCGUCAGGUCAUACUUGACAUAGGGGGAACCAAGGAUGGGUCUCCUGGUGGAAGGCUAGUUCUUUCCUCUGGUUCUUCGAAAGAAAUGUUCAGUAUGAUUCAUAGGAACAUUAAACUGCUACGAAAUAUGAGAGAGAAGGCAUUAGCAGAGAAAGAGAGAAGCGAAGCAGCUGAAGUAAAAGAAAGAGUAAAGACAAAAGAGCAGCAGCAACAGCAGCAAGAUCAUAGUAAAAGAUCAAGUCUUGUAAGUAGACCAAGAAGCAUGGCUUAUGAGCUCCAACAAGGAGAUCAAAACAAAAGAGUAUCAUAUCCUUCUUUUGCUGAGCAGCAAACGGUCGGCAGUGAUCUCAUUCAGCUUGAGGGAUUUACAGAUGGUUUGGAAGACGAUGAAGACUUUCAACAAUUCCUCGAUAGUCUUGAUCCACUGAUGCAGCCUGUACUGGAAAGUGUCAAUGAGCUAACUAGUGAAGUGUAUGAUUCACCAAGCGACUGUCUACCUCCUCCUCCUCUUCCUCCCCCCAGGCCUACUCAAUCCAAUUCUUCCAUCACGACAAAUCCAUUUGUGGGACCUCAAGGCCAACAGUCUCCAGAUAAUGCAUCAAAUCCAUUUGUGAAUGUUGAUCCAUUCAAUACUUCACCACAAGGAAGUUUCUAUAAUUCCAAGGAAGACAUUUUUGAGAACUUUGACAGUGGAGGAGGACAAAAGACUAGCACUCCAAGCAAAUCUGCCAGCAACAACCCAUUCCUUGCUCCAGGUGUGGCACCUGAGGCUAAAACUGGAAGUAAGAAUCCUUUUGCCAUGGCUAACACAUCACUUGAAAAUGAGCUAAAGGAAUUGGAGAAUCCUGAGAAACACACAUACGCCAAACCUGUCAAGCCAGCAAAGAAAAUGAGUCAACAGGAAUUUGAUAAAGUAUGGAAGGACAUUACAGCAGACUUGCAAUUACCACCAAAUUAAUAAUAAUAAUAAUAAUAAUAAUAAUAAUAAUAAUAAUAACAAUGAGGAUUGCAUGCACAUACAUGUAAUUAAUUGUAUUUAUUUAUUAUUUACAUACGCUAUAUGUUAUGCACGUACAGUUUAACUUUGUUUCUUCCUAUUCUUUUAUGUCAAUAAUGAAAUUUAACUUUUUUUGCUUUA